UUGGCAACGCUCUCCCUCCUCUACAACCGCCAUCUUUCCCUAAUAAGCGUUGCCGCGUAUUGCGUGUGUAAACUCCCGUCAGUAAUAAAGAACACAUGUCCGAUUUAUUGUUACGCGUUUGUCGUUCGGGGACCGAAACCUACCGAGAUAACAUUCGCCGUUAGACCGCUCGACUGAGGACCUCGGACAAUCCCUCAGGAUGGACUUCCUGGAGUACCCGGACAUCUUCGCCGAGGUUAAGGGCGCUAUGACGCCGGGCAGGCUGAAGUUGACCGACCAGCACCUCAUCUUCAAGAAUCAGAAGACGGGGAAGGUCGAGCAGAUCUCCGCCUCCGACAUGGAGAUGGUCAACUACCAGAAGUUCAUCGGCACCUGGGGCCUGCGCAUCUUCCUGAAGAACGGCACUCUGCAUCGCUUCAAGGGCUUCAAGGAGAGCGAGCAGGAGAAGAUCGCCAAGUUCUUCUCCGCCAAUUACAAGAAGGACAUGUUGGAGAAGGAGCUGAGCCUGAAGGGCUGGAACUGGGGCACCGCAAAGUUCAACGGUUCCGUCUUGAGCUUCGACGUCGGCCACCACACCGCCUUCGAGAUACCCUUGUACGACGUGUCUCAGUGUAAUACGGGGAAGAACGAGGUGACGCUGGAGUUCCAUCAGAACGACGACGCCCCGGUCAGCCUGAUGGAGAUGAGGUUUCACAUUCCUGUCAGCGACAGCACUGAUCAGGACCACGUCGAGGCGUUCCAUCAGCAGGUUAUGGAGAAGGCAUCUGUUAUCAGCGUAAGCGGGGACGCAAUUGCGAUAUUCAGGGAGAUUCACUGUCUAACGCCGCGUGGUCGUUACGACAUCAAGAUCUUCCAGAGCUUUUUCCAGCUGCACGGUAAAACCUUCGAUUACAAAAUACCCAUGUCCACCGUACUGAGGCUCUUCUUGCUGCCGCACAAGGACAGUCGGCAAAUGUUCUUCGUCGUGAGCCUGGACCCACCUAUCAAGCAAGGCCAGACGCGGUAUCACUACUUGGUUCUGCUCUUCAAUCAGGAAGAGGAGACCUCGAUCGAGUUGCCGUUUACCGAGAAGGAAUUAAAGGAAAAGUAUGACGAUAAGCUGACUAAAGAGUUAUCGGGAUCCACGUACGAGGUACUCGGCAAGGUGAUGAAAGUGAUCAUAAACCGAAAGUUGACCGGGCCUGGACACUUCACCGGUCACAGCGGGACACCCGCCAUCGGUUGCUCCUUCAAAGCCGCUGCAGGGUAUCUAUAUCCGCUCGAGCGAGGUUUUAUUUACGUGCACAAACCUCCAAUACACAUUCGCUUCGAGGAAAUAGCCUCGGUAAACUUUGCCCGUGGCGGCGGCUCGACUAGGUCGUUUGAUUUCGAGAUCGAGCUUACCAGUGGAGUGGUGCACACAUUUAGCAGCAUUGAAAAGGAGGAGUAUGGUAAAUUGUUCGAUUUUAUCACGGCGAAGAAAUUGCGUGUCAAGAAUCGCGGCAAGAGCGACAAGCUCAAUUACGACGAGGACUUUGGUGACAGCGAUCAGGAGGACGAGCCAGACGCUUACUUGGCGCGAGUCAAGGCGGAGGCGGAGGAACGCGACGGCGGGGAGAAUCAAGAUUCCGAGGAAGGCUCGACCGAUGAAGACUUCAAUCCGAAUCAAGAUGAAAGUGACGUCGCAGAGGAGUACGACAGUAAUCCCAACAGUUCUGACAGCGAGGAAGCUUCCGACGCGUCUGCGACUAGUCACAAGAAGGACAAGAAAGAGAAGAAGGAGAAGAAAUCCAAGUCGGCGAAAACGGUGUCGGAGAAACCGCGAAAGCAGAGGAAACAGAAGAAGGAGAGGGACGCGAACAAGCCGAAGAGGCCCCCAACGGCGUUCAUGCUGUGGCUGAAUAGCUCGCGCGACAAAAUCAAGGCGAACAAUCCGGGAAUAGCCGUGACGGAAAUUGCGAAAAUGGGAGGCGAGAUGUGGCGGGAGCUCAAGGACAAAUCUGAAUGGGAGGCAAAGGCGGCGAAGGCCAAAAAGGAAUAUGCGGCAUCGAUGAAGGAAUACGAAGCGAGCGGGGGUGCUAAAGCUUUUAAGGAAAAGAAGACUGAGAAAAAGAAGAAGGAAACUAAGAAAGAGUCGCCUGGCAAACAAAUGACUGGCCCAUCUUUCAAAAGCAAAGAGUAUAUUAGCGAUGACGAUAGUAGCAGCGACGAGAGCAAAAAGUCCGAAAAGAAGCGUUCCGAUGAGAGCGAAAACGAGAAGAAGAAAAGACCCGAGAAGAAGCCGGUGGAAGAUGCUGGGAAAAAGACGGUGAAAAAGGAGAAACCAGGUCAGUCGGAUGCGAGCGACGAGGAUGCUGGGAAGAAGACGGUGAAGGAGAAACGAAGUCCGUCAGAUGCAAGCGACGAGGAUACUGGGAAAAAGCCGGCGAAGAAGGCGAAACGAAGUCGGUCGGACGAGAGCGAUGCGGAAGAACCCAUAGAGAGUACUCCAUCCUCGUCCGAUGUGGAAUCUAACAGCGAUUAAUAUAUGUUACAAGAAUUUAAGUAGACGUUCCCGUUUUUGUCAGAUGUGUAUUACUUAUCGAAUUUGUACUUCACUAUUAAAAUUUUGAAAAUGAAUUACAUUUUUAUAUUUAUAAUCACAAGGAAA